AGUGGGUGGAGUCACGGAUGAUUGACAGGAUAUUCUGGAGGCACGGCAGGCGAGUAAUCUGGCAAACUGACCACAGCCACACCGUCAGACUACAGACAGCAAAUUUUUAACGAAAUUCCGCCCCAAAUCGGGAAUUUCAUCGCGUUUUGAUGCCGAAAUAUUCGCCAGAAAGUACUAUACAUGGACUUCCAUCUCUGAUGUUCGUGUUUGAGAGCUGAUAAUGAUGAAGAUGAAGCUGCGAGCGGCGGGAGGCGAAAAUCACCGAUGCGACUUGAAUUCCGUUAACGGAUCCGAUCGGGAGAGCGGCACCGGAGCGGCUCAGCUCGACAAGGAGGCGGUGUUCGAGUGGUUCGGCUUACAGUUGAACCCAUCCGGACGCGUGGAGCUGCUUUGCGGGCUGUUGCAUAUGUGUCAGCCGCUGGAGCUACGCUUCCUCGGCGCCUGUCUGGAGGAUCUGGCCCGGAGAGAUUUCACCGUCCUGCGGGAUUAUGAGAUCCGGGCCAACUGCCCCUCUGAUCUGGAGGGGCUGGUGGACGUAAGCGACCCCGUUGUGCUGUCCAAACUGCUCGUUUAUUUGUCUUUGCUCGGAUCCAAGAGCAGGGAAUGCGCCGGGAUUCUAUUCAGGACGUUGAGUCGAAUGGACGCCGGGAUGUGCGGCGCUCUGCCGGAGCCGGAGACUGUGGAUCAACUGCGGCUGCUCUUCACGAUGGGAUCGUUACACCCGGCGUUCAGUUUCUAUCAGCGGGAAGAGCUGCGAGCGCAGUUGGACAGACUCCAAAGAUGGAGCCAGUUUUCUAGGCCGGGGUUCCUCUGUCCACACCGGAAGAAUGACGUAGACUGGACUCUUUGCAGCAACGCCAAUCCACACCUCAGCGGCACGUCGCAGAGGAAAGUGGUGCACAUUGAGAAGAUCAUUCUGAAGGAGGUUUCUAUGGGAGGAGACGGCAGGCAGUACAGUUUUGAGGUGAAAUGGUCAGACUCUUCAUCUACUGCCGUCACCAAAAGUCAUCGUGAGUUGGAGGAUUUUCUAUUAAAGCUUCCUAAGGAGCAGAGUCCUGAUGGCUUUGAGAAGGGCAUCGUCAGGUUACUCAAUCGUGGAGAUCAAUGUGAAUCCAGAGAACUGGAGAGAAAUCUCAGGGAGAAGUUCCUAUCUUUAUCACAGGAUGUCCUUCAGAGAUGUGAUGUUUCCAGGUUCUUCCUGUCUGAUGCGUCUGUACUGCCAUGCAGCCACUGUACCAGUGCAGCCGUAGCCAGAAUCCAUCAGCCUGAACGCGGUUUCUCUGAGGACUGCUCAGAGACUUCCAGCCUGGAGGAGGAUGUGGAGGCUUACAGCGUCAGAGCUGCGGGACUGAGUAAUCAGCGCUCUGAAUGCCAGAGGAGAGGAAACUGUGAGCAGAAUGGAGAGAGAGUUUGGAAGAAAGAAACUGAAUUGGAACAGAGCUGCACAAAUGACAGAAGACUCUUCACAGCUGGACAGAAGAACAAAGGAAGAACAGCUGGAAAAAGGGAUAGAGGCAGACGAGUUCCCAGUGUCAAGACUUCUAAUGGAAUCCAGAAACCUUCUGCAGCACUGAUGAUCAACCAGUCAGCUUGCAAAGACACAGGAAGGUAUGUGGACACAUCAUCAGAGAGCUCAAACUCGGUGCCGUCCAGUCCUGUUCACCAGAAGAGCCAGGAGGACCAAGAUACAGAGAGUCAGUCUGAUUACUCAGCACAGGAACCGGCUGAAAAGACUCUCCUCGCCAAAGGCGUUGGCGGGAAAGCGGUUGCCACGGUGAAUCCAUUAGUUGCCGAGCCCCAGAAUGUUCCGCAGCCUCCUUCAGUGGUGGAGCUGGCGCUGACUACAUGCACCCUGCAGUACAACACUACCACCCAGAGAGAUGCAGGGCAGGGUACGAUAACCAUCACCAUCCCACUGGGCCAAGACCCUGGAGCAUCAUCGGCCAGCACUCACCCACAGCAUCAGCCACCGCUGGGGGCGUUCAGCGUCCUCUCGCCCGGCCAGUGUCCUCUGCAGUCCGCCAACACUACCACAGCCAACAAUCCUGUCAAAACAAACGCCAAGGCCUCCAUUACUGCCAACGCCCCUUCUAGCUCGAGUUCCUGCAGUAGCCAAGUACAGGGACCUUGCCCCACAACUGUACCCACGCACACCCCGGGACCGGGGCCCCUGCCAGCCCCCGCGGUCACACACAGCACCGCUCAGAGCGAUUCCUUGUCCUACAUCAACAGCUCCAGCCUGCCAUUUAUACCACAGGCCAGUGGUACACAGCAGCAGCAGCAGCAGCAGGGGGGCUGCAACGCCUGCGGCUGUCGUGGCACCUGCGGAGGAAACGGUGCCCACCAGACACCCAGCUUCUUCCUGCCACCCCAACCCCAACCUGCCCGUCAGAUGUUCGGGCCGCCGCCUACGUUCUUCCAUCUCCCUCCCUCUCUAUGCAACAGUUUCCCUGCCCAGGGUCACCAGAAUAACGGGACACCGCUGUCCUUCUACCCCCACACACCUCCUGCGGCGUUCCUGCACGCUCACUCGGAGCACAUGCUAGCGCCGCAGGCGGGAUACAGUCUGCCUCAGCUGCCCCCCUUCCGUCGCUAUUACCCACCUGUCUUUCCGCCAGUUGGCAUGAUGUCUAGCGGAACCAACAUGAAGAAGACCAACAACGUGUCCUGCUAUAACUGCGGCAUGAGCGGACAUUACGCUCAAGACUGCAAGCAACCGUCCAUCGAGGCGGGGCUGACAGUCAAACAAGAUUGAGGGAUGAGAGGAUAGAUGUUAUAACGGUGGUUUCCGGCUGAAGUAUGUUGCCCCAAACUCCUCAGAAGCAUUAGAUAAAACCGACUGACAGCGAGCAGGGGACCAAAGCCCGGCGAGCCAGCGAUUCCAGAGACCCUUGAGACCGAGUUCUGUUCUGUUUGUAUAAGCAUCCUUGUCCGGAGAGCAAAAAAAAAAAAAAGAAAAAGAGCCAAUGCAAGACGAGUUGCUUAAACUCAAUGGGUUCUCUUAGAAAUUAAAUUAUCUUAAUGUUAUAGUUUAAAUAAGAUGUUUUGCGAGAGGAUUUUUGUUUUAGGUUCAGACUAGUUUAUUGUUGUCAGAAGGAUUUUAUACGAGCUGAUGUUCUCAUUCGCAGCGUCUGGCGAAGUUAAUGAGAAAAUUAAACUUGAGUCCUUUAGUGCAGUAUUUUUUUUUUCUGACACGGGUGAAUCUUUAUAGGAUUUUAUACGUUACAAGAGAAAACGACAAGAAAAGUACUGAAAAAAAUGGAAUAUUUUGGAAGUUUGUUUUGUUAUUAAAGAUACGCUCGUUCUCUUGUGGUUUAUAAUGAUGCUCUAGCGACAUUAUACACUGCUGGUUUGCCCUGUUUUCAUUCUGAACGCAAUGCACUACAACUGUUCUCUGAAAAAUGUGAGUCAGGUGUUUGAAAUGCACUGAAAUAGCCAGAUCUGCAGUACUGCCUCUCAUUUACACGCUCUGACCACUAGAGAGCAGCUUCAGUCCUCACAGACUCGAGCGGGCUCUUAUAGGAGACUGUGCUUUAAGUGUUUCGAGUCAGACUAAAUCCUUCAUACAUGUUCAUCCUAAAGCACUGUUGGAGCAAAUGCAAAUGACACAAGAUACUCAGUAACCAAGAGUUUCGUUAACAUAGGACAACUUUAAGCAUCAUAAUAUCUUGCUUGUGUGUUAAAUAUUUUCUUGCAAACUGUCAAAGAAGCAGAGGGCGAAUGUUUGUGCCUAUUGCCAUGCAAGCAGCUGGAAGUGUAUUGAAAAUAAUUUCAAAAGUCUUAAUUCUUUGUGUUAAAGUACGUAUUUAAAAUUUCAAAGUUGUAUUUCUGAAAUCUUAUUGCGAUUUUUGCCAAAGCAGCCCUUUUUUUUUUUUUUUAAAUAAAUAUAUAUAAGGAGAUUUGGCAUGUUUGUAUGCAGAUAAUAAAUUUUAUUUUGAUAUUUUCAAGAGAUUUUGAUGAAGGGCUCAAGGUCUUUCAUGCUUGUCCAGGUGUUUUUAGCACAUUUAUGGUUAGUAACAUGCGGUGGACUAGAAGAGUUGCUUUCCACAACAGUGUGUUGCAGGUUUUUAAAUGUGCUUUCGUUCGGUUCAGUAAAUUGUUACUAAUCUGUAAAUAGACUCUAAAGGGAGUUAACUACUCGAGGUUGAAACCUGUCAACUGUAUUCGUUACACUUUUUAUAGAUUUAUGAAGCUGUACUGUAUGAACGAGGUUUGAUAUCUGCCUCUGAGUUUACGUUUACUGUAUUUCAUAUGUAAAUGUUGAUUAAUCUGUACUGAGAGGUCAAAUUAAUCUGAUCAUAUUUGCUUUUUUGGCAAAUUGAUCAUUUCUGUCGAGAUAUUAGCAAUAAAUAUAAAAACCCAUUUUGUGGUGUUGCUUUUG